AUGCCUAGAGAAAUUAUCACCGUACAAGCUGGACAGUGCGGUAACAGCAUCGGCAGCCAAUUCUGGCAGCAAUUAUGCCAAGAGCAUGGCAUCAGUCAGGACGGGAAUCUAGAGGACUUUGCGACAGAAGGAGGUGAUCGAAAAGAUGUAUUCUUCUACCAGUCCGACGACACAAGAUACAUUCCACGAGCUAUUUUCAUUGAUCUGGAACCUAGGGUUUUGAACAGCAUCCAGUCAGGCCCCUACAAGAAUAUAUACAACCCUGAGAACUUUUUCAUGGAGAAAGAGGGCAAAGGUGCCGGGAACAAUUGGGGUGAUGGAUACCAGAUGGGAGAAUCUGUAUAUGAGGAAAUGAUGGAAAUGGUGGACAGGGAGGCUGACGGAAGUGACUCGCUCGAGGGCUUCAUGAUGCUGCAUUCAAUAGCGGGAGGAACCGGUUCGGGCCUGGGCUCUUUCAUGCUCGAAAAACUCAAUGAUCGGUUUCCCAAGAAGAUUAUUCAAACCUACUCGGUAUUUCCAGACACAACAAACUCUGGCGACGUCGUUGUCCACCCUUACAACAGUCUGCUGUCUAUGCGAAGAUUGACCCAGAAUGCAGACUCUGUUGUAGUGCUAGACAAUGGAGCAUUGUCCCGAAUCGCAGCAGACAGGCUACAUGUACAAGAACCAUCUUUCCAGCAAACUAACCAGCUUGUCUCCACGGUCAUGUCUGCCAGUACAACUACCCUUCGUUAUCCAGGAUACAUGCACAAUGAUCUUGUCAGUAUUGUUGCCUCAUUGAUACCGACCCCACGCUGUCACUUCCUAAUGACCUCGUAUACACCUUUUACUGGAAACAAUGUCGAGCAAGCUAAGACUGUUCGGAAAACAACUGUACUCGACGUCAUGCGCCGCCUUCUCCAGCCUAAAAACCGAAUGGUCUCAACUGUCCCAGGGAAAAAGAGUUGUUAUAUUUCUAUACUAAACGUCAUUCAAGGUGACGUGGAUCCUACCGACGUACACAAGAGUCUUCUGCGAAUCCGAGAACGCAGACUUGCAACAUUCAUCCCUUGGGGACCAGCCAGUAUUCAAGUUGCUCUGACCAAGAAGAGCCCAUACAUUGAACAGAACCACCGGGUUAGUGGUCUCAUGUUGGCUAACCACACGAGCAUCGCAACGCUUUUCAAACGUAUUGUUCGACAGUAUGAUGGAAUGCGCAAACGAAAUGCAUUCGUAGAGGGGUAUAAAAAGACAGCCCCUUUUGCCGAAAAUCUUGACGAAUUCGACGAAGCCCGCGAAGUAGUCACAGAUCUCAUCGCAGAGUACGAAGCAGCUGAGGACGCAAAUUAUCUGAAUCCGGAUGCCGGUGGGACAGAAGCUACAGGAUUCCAUAAAACUUCCAACAUGCCAGAACAAUCCAAGGCCGACCGCAUCGCCGAAGUUCAAUCCAACCUUCCACUCCCAGAAGACCCUCCAGUUGCCUCUGACUGGAACUCAGCUGAUGCGCGAACUGUAAACGUUAAGGCUGGAGAGAGACAGGUCGAACUUCCAAGCGGUCGUGAUGAUUUGACAGAGCCCCAAACAAAGGGAAGCGGUGUUAGAGAGGAGGGUGGAAAGGAUUUCAGUGAUAUCGGACGACAGGCAACAGAGAACUUAGAUGGGCUACCUAAGGAUGCUACUAAGAAUUAG